CUGACAGCUUUGUGAUAAUAUUCAAUAGUUAUAGCGUGCGGUAGACAAAGUCCUUACCUAAAAACGUGUUUUCACAUUACUUAUUGAUUUGCACCAUAUAUAUUAUUCACUUAUUCGUUUUAAGAGUGGCCUGUGAAGUUUGGAAAGAACCAGCUGUCUUCUGGUAAAGGACUUCACGUUAAUAAGUAAUCAGAAGAUAUCCAAUCGCGAGACUCUUGUCAGUCUUGUGCUGGUCAAUCCGAUAAUCCAAAGGCUCAUCUUUUCAGCCACAUCUGGAAGAAAUAAAAAAAAAUGACUUGCAGUAAAUUUCUCUCUGGUUUCCUUCUGUUUUUCAUUCUCUCCACGUCGCGAGCUUCAUCUCCGUUCUACGAUACCACUACCAACCUCACACACACUUGUCAAAUUAGUCCCAUGGUUGUUUGUGUUGAUGUGAUUAUCCGAAGUAAGACAUGUGUUGAUCCUGUAUGCUUGAUUUACUCUGGAGGAAGAAACAUCAGCUCAUGUAUAUCACCUCUAAUUAAGGCUACAGAAAAUACUGCUAACAGUAGUAAUGUCACUAACAUCAACAGUACUAGCAGUGCUAACAUAACUAAUAUGAACAAUACUUCAAACACAACGGUACAAACAUGCAAUGGAACCUGGAUUUAUCCAUCCCAAAAUACGAGUUUCUGCUUCAAUGGCACAUCUUGGAAUAAAACAAUUUGUAGUCAAAACAACGUAACAUGCAAGAUCAAUUCAACCCAGUGCAUAUUAAAUGCAGUUGUAUAUCUCGGUGGAUUCUUCAACUUGAACGAUAAAGAUGGUUAUGGUAAUAUACCUGCGGCCGAGUUAGCAAUAAAACAGAUAAAUAAUGACAACACGACGUUACAAAAUCUAACUUUGUCUCUUGUGGUUAAACACUCUACACAGAGCUUGCUUAGCUAUGGUACACAAGCCUUGUAUAAAUACCUUCAUACUGGUCCAACAAAGUUAAUGCUGCUUUUGCCGCAAGAAAAUGACAUUGCGAGAACAGUGGCUGCAUACGCUGGUUUAAAGCAAUGGGGAACUUUACAGUUUUCAUAUGGAACAACAGACAACAGUCUGGCAUCAGAUAAGAACCUAUUCCCGCGUUUUUUUCGUCUUAACCCCCUAGCAAUUACCUACAACCGUUUACGUGUAGCGUUCGUGAACUCUUACAACACCGACUGGGGUCGUGACGUUGGUCUCUUGUACUACGCUGACACGUACUAUACAGAGGCUAAUGAGGAUCUCAACAAAAAGCUGAAGGCAAAAAGUAUAAACGUUGUUGCAAAUGUUGGCUUCAAAUCAAACCCGGCUGAAGCUCUUUAUAUAUUGAAGAAAAAAAAUGCGCACAUAAUUUUGACCAGUUUUCCUUAUUCGUAUGGAAAGAGCAUGUUUUGUAAGGCAUUUCAACUUGGUAUGUAUGGUCCACACUAUGUCUGGAUUACAUUCGUUCUAAUGCCUUUUAAAUUUUGGGUUCCAAAACCAAAUGAUAAUUUGGAGUGUACUGAGGAAGAAAUGAACUGCAUCGCUGAAAAUCAUUUCUCAUUCUAUGGAGCCACAAUUUACAAACAAAGCAAUCUUCUCAUAAACAGCAAUGUAACGUUCUCUCAUGCAUACAAUAAUCUGGUUACCUCAACAAAGAAUAGAUCGAGUGUGGCACCUUACGUUUAUGAUGCAUUAUGGACCAUGGCGAAUAUCUUAGAGCGAGCUCGGGCCAUUCAAACGGGAAAGAGAUUAAAUAACUUGACUUAUGGCGAGGAAACUAAACUGCUUGAAGACGAGGCUUAUAAAACUGACUUCAUGGGAGUCACAGGUCGGAUCAGGUUUUACGAUAAUGGUAACAGAAAAUUUUCAAUGAACCUUCUUCAAGUUCGUGCGAAUGGCUAUGGAUACAUUGUUGGAAAUUAUGAUGUGGACAAAGAAAGUUUUAAUGAAAAUGACGAGAUUUUGUGGCAAGGAUUCAAAGUAUCUGAGGGAGGAUGGCGUUAUAAACGAACAACAACAACACUCAAGUGGCGAUUCAUAGAACUCGUUCUGUUCAUCGUUUGGUGCAUCCUCGCUGCUCUAGGAAUGAUCUACGCAAUUUUUUGUUUAGUUUUUAUCAUUAUAUACCGCAGACAAAGGUCAAUUAAGUACUCCUCUCCAACGAUCAAUGUGCUUAUAAUUCUUGGUUGUUUGCUCAACUUCAUUGCUGUUGUGUUGUAUGGAGUAGAUUAUCAACUAGCAAGUGAAUCAAGAAUGUCUGUGAUAUGCAAGGUGCGUCUUUGGAUGUUUUCUCUCGGUUUUACGCUUUGUAUUGGAGGUUUAUGGGUCAAAGUAUGGACUUUAUAUCAAAUUUUGAUCGAAAGAAAGGUGUAUAAAAAGAGAAAGAUGGAAUAUUGGAUGUUUGCAAUUGUCGUGAUACUUCUGGUAGUUGAUGUUAUUUAUUUGACAACAUGGACAGCUAGAGAUGGUUUGUAUCGAAGUUUUGAGACAGUCACAGAUCAACCGCAAUACAAAUGCUUUCAGAAGUUAUCUGGUAACCCAUUUAUCGCUACGAUCUGGUAUAUUGAGAUUUGUGAUUGUGACAAUCUGUCGUUAUGGUCAGCUAUCUUCUUAACUUAUAAAUGUUUGUUGCUGUUAUUUGGCGCCUUUAUGUCGUGGAAAGUGCGGAAAGUUUACACACGAAAGUUGAUCGAUGCUCAAUAUUGCGCGACAUUAAUUCUUCUUGCGGUACCGUUUUGUGUGCUUGGUUUGAUAUUUGCAUACACAUUAAGGUUAUAUCCUACACCACAUUAUGGUUUGUUUGGGAUCUUCAUCAUUCUUUACACUUACAUUGUUCUUGGAUUUUUAUAUGGACACAAGAUAAUAAAUAUCUUCUGUCGGUCUCGAAAUACAAUCAAAGUGCGCAGUAAAGAUGAAACUGGAAGUGGCAAAUGUUGCUCUGGUGUUAUAAGAGCUUGCUUGGCUCCAAUCGCUACUUGUUUGGCAACAGGAUGCUGCUGCAUCUGUUAUCGUCUGAACUGCUGCAAGUCAUUAUGGGAGGCCUUGCUACAUGGACCAAAGAAGAAUCGAGGAUCGUAUGUGAAAGAGAAUGAAAAGAUUGAUUAUCAGAUUGGAGAUAUGCCUAGUGAUCGGGAGAAACAGAUCAUUAUUCUGCAAAAGGAAAUUGAGAAGCGAGACGGGGAGUUGUCCCGAUUACGUCGUAAUAAUCGUGCGACGUUAGCUGUGAAAGAAACACAAACCGGGAACUACUUUCAUACAAAUGACAGUGGGGAUGGUUGUCAUGGCUCUGGUCAUAUAAAUGAAGGAUAUAGCGACAAUGAAGGAGAAAACAAACAGCGAGGUUCAGGACGACGUGAUUACAAUCGCUUUAAAGUUUAUCACAGGAAGUUGGAUUUUUCACAUGUGGGAAGCAAGGUCGACAGUGGAUUAGACAACAAGAAUUUUAACAAAAGUGGCAGCAUUCCAAUUUCUGAAAAUGUUUAUGAAGAGCCGUUAUCUAAUGAUUCAGAUAUCCUAGCACUUCAGAAAAUGCUAUCUGAACGUGAGAAGGAACUGGCUCAACUUCGGGCAUAUCUUGGAGUGGAUCCAUCAUCAAGUACUGACUUUUCAAGCAAAAUAGGAAGCUUGGCAAGCAUUGGAGAGGAGCACGACCCUGCAAAAACCUCUGGGGAGAGGGAAAUAACAAACACAAAUAUUAGUUCUGUUGCCAUAACUGUGUCAAGCAGUGAUUCUGAUGGAGAAAGCAGAAAAAACGGAAGUGACAUCAGCAACGAUGGGAAUAUUUCUGACGUCAACAACGAGCAAAGUGGGUUAUUAAGAGGAAGAAAGACUGCAUUGGAUCAGGAGAUUCAACAAGGAAUAUUACCGCACAAAAAAACAGCGGAGAGUGAAGUACAAGAAACUUCAAGCGACGACAACAACCAAGAAGACAGGAAGAGUUCGAAGUCUAAAGUUUUGAGUUCUGCUUAUGGCAGUUCUUUUGCGUAUAUUUCACAUUAUAAUGCUAAAAGAGAUAGUGGAAAGUUCAAAAAGAAGGUUCGACAAUUGAAUUCGUUUGGUAUCUUCGCAAGAAAAUCUGCCGCGAGUGACGAAAAUACACCUGAAGAACAAAUUGAUGUAAACAAUGUCCCUAAAAUAAACAUAGAUAAAACACCAGAAAAAAAUGACGAUUCUCAAUCAAAAGAAAGUCCAGAGGAUAAACCUGAAUCUAAAGAUGGAAUAGAUGAAAAAAAUACAAGUAAAAACGAUGUCAAAUCUUCAAGUGGUAAGGAUAAUGCCCAGAAAUCCAAAAGUAAUGUUAAGAUAUUUAAUGCACCAUCAAACUGGUCUCAUGUGAAGUCUCGUCUCUUUGACGCCAAUGCAAACAGUCAGAGCUCCCUAAAAUCAUCACCAAGUCCAAGGCGAAGAUCUAAAGUUGGGAUUGAAGAUGAUGGUGAUGUCAAAGAUAAAGCUGGAGGAAGCGUUUCUGGUGAAGCCGGUGAAGCUAAGAAGAAUCGAAAUGGCGUCAAAAUUUUUAAUUCCUCGUCCGAUUACUCUCAUGUUAAAUCACGUUUAUUUGAUCCAAAUGUUAAACAAAGUAAUUCUGAAAAUUUACUAAGGCCAUCGCCGACCAUUCGCAGAAAAUCCAAGGUUGGCAUCGAAGAUGAUGGACAUGUCAGUGCUGACGAAAAAUCUCAAGGCAGCCCACAAGACAAUGAUAGCACAGGGCAAGGAAAAGAAAAUCAAGUUUCAAAAAGCCGUUCUAACGUCAAGAUUUUUAAUGCUCCAUCUGAUUAUUCUAAUGUGAAAUCUCGUCUUUUUAAUUCUGCGAAUAAAACUGACAAUAAAUUGAAAAAAGAAGCCAAGGAAAUGGGUACAACUGGCGCGCUGAGAAGUAAAAAUGCGAACGUCAGUGUGGAAGCGAAUAAAAGGAAGAAAGAAGAGUCGUCUGUAGUUUAACCAUUUGUGCACAUAGUCGCAUAGAUGUUGUAGUGAACAUGCAAGAACAAAUCGAUACAGUAUAAAUGCAUUGUAUACCCUUACAAAAAGUUGACAACGUUAGUUUUCUUCGCAAUAAAUUUUGUGCACAUGACUGUAUAAUGA